GCGAUGGCGGAGAGCGGGCUGAGAUCUGAGGGGAGCGAUGAGGAGGAGCUGCCGACCUUAGCUUCCCUGAUGCAGCCCUCGCUACUGCCCGGCGGGUUGGGCCAUCAGCGGUCCCCGUCUCCCGCCGCCGAGCGGCAGAGGGCGACAGGGGUGGUUGUGGUGGUGAGCAGUGGGGAUGAGGAGGAGGAGGAGGAUGAAGAAGAAGAGGAGGAAGAGGAGGAGGAGGUGGUGAUGGAGGUCGCCCCUCUCCCCGAGAGGAUCAAGAGAAGGGCUUUGGAGCCCCCCCACCCGGGCGGUGGGGAUGCAGCAGGGGGAGCUGGCCUUUGGGCAAGCGGUGGCCUGUUGGCACCUGGUAGUGGAGGGCUUCAGGUGUUGUCUGGAGAUCUGUCUUGUGGCAGCCAAAAAGGCACACAUGGUGCUGAGAGGCCCUCCUUGUGCCCACUGCCCGCCUCUCAGUCUGAGUCUGUAGACCAGCCUAGUGCGCCCCUGGCAAGCGGAGCAAGCCCAGAAACAUCCCCCCCUCCCAAGAAGUCAAAAUAUACUCAGAAGGAAAGGGAGGCAAUCUCCCAGGCUGCAUGGCAGAGGAGGAAGGAACGAGAAGCACGGAGGAGGGAGCAGGAGCAAGAAAAAGAGAGGAAGAGGGCCCUUGCCAAGAUGCUGAAGGCUCAGCGACCAGGGGAGUGCCAGAAAUACAUAACAGUGGUGCUAGAUCCAGUUCUCUUACAGGUAGAAGGUGGUAGACAGAUCCUUAGUGCUUUGCAGGCUGCGAAUUAUUCCUGUGUGGUUGAGAGUCAGGCUGUUCCCUGCAGCAUCACCUGGAGGCGAAAGACUGUGUCGUGUCAGGUGGAAGAUGGAGAUGAAUGGACAGAAGAACCAAAUGUCCUGGUUCUGCUUUGCUUGGAGGAGUUUUUGUCCAUGGUUCACAACUACAAACAAGAGGCCAAGGGCUGUACAGCAGGACAGAAGGAGACCCUACAGGGCUAUGUAGAUCACGUGAUGGAGAAGAUGCCUGGGAAAAUUCUGGCAAUGACAGUAGUUGAAGUAGAAAAUUAUUUCAGGUCUCGCACAGUUCAGUCAAAAAAGAGACCACAACAGGCAGCAGCGAGUGGAAACCAAGAAGAGGAACAGGGAAAACAGAGAAAAAAGAAAGUUAAAGAUUCUGACCUGGAGAUAACCAGAAUGGAUGUGGAAGAAGCCUUGGUGGAUCUGCAGAUCUGCAAACAGGUUCAAGUCAGUUUUUUUGAGAGCUGGGAGGAGCUCGGAGAGUUUGCCACUAUGUUCACAAAAGCUGUAGCUGAAGCACCAUUCAAGCGAGAGCGAGAGAAGACGGGGUUCUCUUUCUACUUAGAGAAGGGGUGGUGUGGAGGGGUGAAGGUGGAUCCUUCCGGAAAGGGUCUCUUGGAAGUUUGGAAGAGGCAAAUACAACAAUUUAACCGAGUCAGCCGUGAGAUGGCUGAGGCUAUUGUGUCUGCCUACCCUUCUCCUCAGCUUCUGAACCAGGCCUAUAGCAGAUGCUCCACAGAGCAGGAGCGGGAAAACAUGCUGGCUGAUAUCCCUGUGCACCGUGGUGAUGGUGUGACAGCCACGUCCCGGCGGAUCGGACCAGAACUCUCCCGACGAAUCUAUCUGCAGAUGACUUCCCACGAUCCUGAUCUCUAUUUGGAUUUUGCUGGGUAGCCCCAGGAGAUGAGGAUUUUACUGUUUACUUGGUUUAAGUAUUCAGCUUCCUUCUGGGAAGAAGUGCUUAGAUAAGAGUCAUUGAUUCUAGUUUAAAGACUUAAAAUAUAUAUUUAGACUUCGUUGUGGCAGAAGAAGGUUGGAUAAAAUUGCUGAUCGUCUGGAGUUUACACAAGAAAGAUGGUGAACAUUUUCCAGAAGAGCAUGAGUUGGACACGGCUUAU